AUGUCUGAUUCGGACAGACACGUCUUUGCGAGAGUUUCGAGCUUCUCCGCCCAUACAAGCGGGGAUAGUUCAGCAAAGUUCCAACAGGCGAAGAGGGACCUUGAUGGCAUGUUAGAGAAACUACGUGUUCAGAAUGACGAAGACCGGGAAACUCUUAGACGAUUUAGGGCUAGACUUACCAGAGUGAGGAGGGCCAAGAUCCGAGCAACGGCGAGUGGCGAUCGUGGAGUACUUUACGAAAUAGAUGGAGAACUUCGUAAAAUUUUAAUUCGGCUUCGCAGAAUUGAUGCUGAGAUGGUUAGUAUGCAGGAAGAUAGAAACAAGAUAUCUAUUUUGGUAAUUGAACAAUGA